UCCAUAUCCAUCUCCCCCUCGGCAUCCCUCACACCGAAGACGUGGUAAUAGCCCUCCAGCCUUGCUUUUCUUCAGUAAUCACCUGAAAACUGAACCGUUACGCUCUCCCGUGCGCACAACGCCAAGAAAGAGCAAUGCCGGGAAAGGGAAUUCCAGCCGGAUCCAACCAAAAGCGUCCCUCUUAGAACUGUCGGGUCCGCAUGGACUGAUCCAGAGUCUCGGAGCCGAAACCUAAUCAAAUGCGUCCCGUCCACUUGGUAAUUUCGAUUGGGCAACAAUUCCAAUGAGGUUGGUGCUCUAAGAGUCCUGUGCUGGUCAAUCGUUACAGAUUCCUCAAUAACAAUCGAGUGUCGGUUGUGAGGAUAUCGAUGUUGAUAUCGUCUUGGUAUCCAUACAGUUGGAAGCUGGCGGUCGCAAUAACAACCCAAUAUGAUAAUGAGUGUGAACAAUUGUCGAAACUCCCGGUCUGCCGGAGGAAGUUGAACUCGGCUUUCGAUAACAGCUUUUUGAUCUCUCGGUUGGCGAUUCGUCCUCCGUCGUGAUAUGCGAUGCUUCUUUAACACGAUCGUUGAUGGGGACCUCGCUCAACUUAAACAACUAUACCGGCUGUUGAAUACUCAACGGCGAACUCUACACAGCGCUCACCUCCCUUGCUCUCUGCCUUACCUGUGGAGAUUGACUACCGCUCUAGCUUCCUUUGGACAUUGUCCUCUUAUCACGCCGCACGCCUAGCUUCAUAGUCACAGUUUUGAUGCCCUCUUGGCGGAGACUCCUCACCUGCACGCCGUCAAGUUACUCAAGGGGCAUACAACCCACCCUACCUAGUUACCUGACAAGGCCCUGACCAGACGUCAACUAGGCCUAUGUAGCGUGGCCCUGAUCCGAACAGUCCGGUAUCGCACACGUCCCACGCCUUACGCUCAGAAUACUCUUCUGGGCCAUGACACGCAUCACAAAAGUUUAAGGAUGGAGAGACAUUAGCAAUUCCUCUUGGCCAUCCUCGAUCUUGAGUCAGAACUUGCAGGUUAUGGACGAAGGUUUCUUUUUCAUGGCGUCUAGGAGCUACCUAUCGACAGCCACAAGUAUAAAGCUUCGGUUCUCGAAUUUGGGCUCAAGCCUCUUCCCCACGGCCGGGUCAGCAACCCCCGUCUUGCGCGCCGUGCACAAGAGCUUAAACCCCCGAUAUGUGCUUCACCUCUCAUACGACCGCAAAUCGAGCUCGUAUCAUGUAGAUAUUAGGUGUACCUUCAUCGACCAUCUGCGGGAAACUUCAUUAACUACCAUGCUAGUGUGGGUGGGGCCUCCGUCAAACCUGCAAGCCACAGGGUGCUUCAUACAGUAUCGAGACGAGUUCCUGUUUCGGGACGCCCUCGUCUUUGAAUCCCUUCCGAUUGGGCUCACCAUUGUUUCGUCAGCCGGUGGCUGUCAAAAUGCCUUGGAACUCGUGGGAUGACCCUGCCUAGUCAAGCUUUUGUCUCCCGAGGCCCCAGCCAUCCCUACAGCAUACAGCAUGGAAGCAUGUUUCAAAGAUGAGGACUCGGAAGUCUUUAGCCUUGUCGAUGCCACGAGGUUGAGGAUCGUUUCGCCCACUUUGUUAGUAAGUCCAAGCUGAAAGAAAAUACGGGGCAGAAUCCACUUGAUGAGUCGUCAUUGCUCAAGCGCUCUAAUCCACUUCGAGGCUGUUUCUCGCGGAUGUCACCUCAACUAUGUGCUGAUCUUUAACCGACCACAUGGCAUAGCGUUCAGUGUCAAAGCUGGCGGCGCUUUUGUCAGUCUCGGAUUUCGGGAAAGGAUUAACCUAAGCGACAAGGCUCUUAUAUGAUCAGAUCAAAAUGCUGGAGAAACACCCCCUGUCUAGUACCGGUACAUGAACAUAUCUUGUUACCAGGAGCUCCACUAGCCUCGGUACGCAGAGCGUGAACUUUGAGGAAGAUGAGGCCCCUUCGCUGAACCAUAUCUCAGCCUCGAGGACGAUGAGCUUGGGCGCUCUUCGCUACGUCAGAGUGGCUCGAUAACUGAACUUGAGCGCUCAUGUGUCGAAAAAAUCUUAUCAGUCCAACUUCAAUCCGGCAUCUCGACUCGAGUGACCAGGGUCAGGUCUUUGGCUGGUGAUUAUCUUUGAUUAGAAAGCCAUUCUAGGGACCUUCUCAUUAGCCUUUGAUGCGUCUGUCUGAUUUGUCAUUUACGCCUUUUUUACAUCCUAUAGGAUAGGACCCCUCUUUCUUUUCCCCUUACAUGCAACUAACGCUUCUUGACCCCAGUCUAUACUACCGCGGUUGGCGUCAAAGUCAGGGCGGGACAAGCAUUAAGAGUCAUCAAGCGAAUUUGUUGAUGAAAGCCCAAUUUCUUCUGCAGUUAGGCGUAUCAGGGCUAUCGUCAUCGUAUUUGAAGCCAAUGAGCAGACAACAUUGCUCCUCCGGGUAAUAAUCCAUCAGUCGAGACUGUCCAGUCACUGAACAAACAAGUACACAAUGGGUAACGAGGAUAUAUGGAUAUGUUGACGAGUUCGCCGAUCCUCAUUCCUGAUUUGAUCAACACACCACCUGUUGGUUGUUUUGACAGGGCGCACUUCACAUUCAUCCAUCAUGCAGGAACAAGAACAGACCGCUCUCUCAAACCGGCAAUGUAUUCGGCAAAGGCUGAGGCUUGGCAACGGCUUUCUUUAUAUUCGGAUGAGGCAAAGUUAACUUCCCACCUUGGUGUAAUGUCUCUGCUAGCUACACUUGCUUGCAGACGAUCUUGCAGGUAACGCAAUAGGAGAAAAUUUCCGUUGUACUCCUCAGACCGCCACAUUCCUCAUGGCCUGCUCGGAACGAGGUCGUGACGAGUGGUAGCAUAGUAAUUAUGGUUCGAGCUAUCCGCACUUAAUAAUUCUAUGUGUAACCGAAAGCGAAUUGGGGGUCACAGUAUUAGAACACGCUUUGUGGUAGACGUACAAGUGUACAUAAUCACAUUACCUCUACUCUUUUGUUGCUUGCUUCUAACUACUGUCAACCAACGCCCUCGAACUGGAUGAUAAUUAACCUUGUUCCACAACUCCAUGCUAAUCUAGAUCUAGAUGCUCCAACGAGUCGGCCACAAACAAUGCAUACUGAUCCGGCGACUCGGCCGGAUCUCCGCUCAACUCACGGCCCCACUCACCAUCUCCGUCCCCGAUUUCACUCGGCUCAGUCUCCGUUUCAGCCGGUGUCUCUGGUGGAGUUUGUAGGCCAGGCAGGCCUGCGCCAUGAGACAUAUUCCGCUUCAACAUGCACAUCUCAACUGUGAUACCAGGACCGAAAGCACAACCAACGACAUAGUCACGAACUCGUCCGUCAGGCGCCAUGGCAUCCAUAUCUUUCGAACGUAGGCGAUCCAUGACACUGAAGAUGGUAGCUGAACUUGAGUUGCCAUGAUUGAUGUAUGUGUCGUAACUUGCCCUUUGGUGUUCCGGUGUAAUAUCCAUGGCUCUCUCAGCGCCGGAAAGGAUGGUAGCGCCGCCAGGGUGCAUCGCCCAGUCGAAGUCGGCUGCUUUCUGGUAGUCUGGAGGGAGUUGAGGCAGAGAUGCCUUGAGGUCGUUGAAAGCUGGGCCAAUUGAGGCAGCAGUGAGCUUGGGAACACGAGGUGUGAGAACAACUUUCCAGCCUAUCAUUCUGUCAGUUUCGGUCUUGAAAAAACACUAUGGAGAUAUUGAAGCUUACCGACUGGGUCAACAUCAAACCCCAAGUCAUCCUCAGUAUCUGGUAUGGUCCUGUGGUCCCAGCCGAGGAGGUCAUAUACCGGUUCAGAAGGUUCACCGAUACCGUUGCUCAACACAGCGGCACUACCACAGUCUGAAAAAAGGCAUGCACCUAUUCUUGUCUGCUGCAGCUCGUUGAUGCUAUCUAGCUCACUACGUACCAUAGUGGUACUAACCUCAAGUGCUACACACAGAACGCGCGCGGGCAAACCGCGUGCUUUAUGACCAAGAGCUAGGUUCGCGCCUGUUCGGAGAGUUGCUAGUCCACCGCUGCAACCAACACCAUGAAGCAAGACCUUCUCUACACCAUGCGUUAUGCCCAGACCUUUUGCGACAAAGUGGUCGAAACCCGGGUUUGCGCUGUCUGUACAUGUUGUGGCGACUAUGUGGGUAAUGAAUCUUGUGUCAAUCUUGGCCUCGUCAAUGGCCUUUCGAGCGGCUCGAAUCGCGAGAGGAACACCAUCGGAGAGAAACAGAGUGUGGAGCUCUGCUAUUGAGGGCGCAUCUUUCUUGUUGACAGCUGGGUGGUCGGGUGUUCCAAUGGACGACCGUGUGUCAAUUCCGGUAUAUCUGUUGAUUCCGAGGACUUUUUGCAUACUAUCAUGACCUAUUAGCCACUGAGGGAGGCAUGUUGGUGGUGGUGGGACUCACGAAGGUGUAUCGGGAUAGAAUCUGUCACUAAGAGUGUUGAGGCAAGUAUAAUCUAGGGAAUGUGGUGGGUACUCGGCGCUGAUGCCGAUGAUGGAGAGACCCAGCUCUCCAAAUGUGCUUGGAGCUGACAUGACUGAUCUGAUGAAGCUAUUUGUCGUGGAAAGGUGGCUGGCGCUUAUAUCCCCAACACUUUGUCAGGUGGAGGGGAAUGGGAUAAAUGAGCUGCAGAAAAGCGAUUGAGCGAUACAGCGGUUAGUUUAGUAUGCUUGAAUGGAAGAUUGAUAUCAGGCACAUCCAAUUGAUGUCGCUACAGAGGAAUAGAAUGUCGUUGACGUGUUCAAUCGCCAA